CUGACUUCUUAAGACAAAGACCUCAGUGAAGUUGGUUCUCAGCAGCUGAGGAGGGAGCAUCUCUGAGCUGCUGCUUCAUCACCACAGCAUGUGAAUUGGAUGUUGCAUGUGGAAAAGAAAACAAGAGACUCUGGAACUUAAUCAGCUCCACUGACAACUCUGGAUAGUAGAGAGAAGAAGCAGCAGGAAAGCAAAGCUGCAGGAAGCCAACAUACCAACAUACCACCACUACAAAGAUAAGACUUUAGGAGGGAACCUCACAAAUCGAAUGAAAGCUCUUUCAACAAAGAAAGAUAGAGAACUUGUGAGAACUUGUGAGUAGAAGGGAUUAAGAGAAAACUAGGAGGACGUGGAGAACGUGCGCCUGUGGGACUGACUGGACUGAAGUGUUCUUGAGAAGACGUGAGAAAACAGCAACAAUCUGGAGGAGGAACAGCAAGAGGUCCACCGGGCCCCACAGCACAACUUCAGUAUGAGUAUGAGUGGUACUCUAGAGAAGGGGGCUCACCAUCAGGCCUUGGACCUGUCUGAAGAACUGCCACCUCAUCACCACCAUCAUCAUCACAACAACCACCACCACCACCCGCACCUCCUCCACUCCAACUCUCUGGCUUCCACCACUGCUAUGGGUGGGGGCAGAGACACACCUUCGCGUGUGGUCGUACCUCCUCCUUAUUCUGCAGCUGAGAGCGGUGGUGGGGGCAGUGAAGCUCCUCUAGAGCUGCGGGGGUCCCUGGACUGCUGGGCCUGCUCGGUGCUGGUGACGGCUCAGAACCUUGUGAUCGCUGCAAUCAAUGCCUGCCUUGCCGGGGUGGUGUUUGGGACCAUCCUGACGCCAGCCAUUGUUAUGGUGGUGUUUGGCUUCCUCUGCCACUCUACAGUCCGCCCUCACGGGACGACCCCCUACUGCUCGGACCUGCUGUCUGAUGGAGGCUGCGUGGCUCUGCUUGUGGUGGGCUUCCUCUUGGUCACUCCUUUGCUGGUCUUGGCGCUGGCUGCCUACUGCCGCCUGGCCCGACACCUCCAGCUGGGCCUAUGCUUCAUCCCGUACAGCCGGGCCGUGUACAAAAACCUGCCUGCCACCCAGCACCGUGGCAUUGGCACCGGCUGCUGUGGUGGCCGCGAUGGAUCUGAUGGUGGUGGAAAGGGAAAGGUGUGGGUGUGAGAUGAAGGUGGGAGGAAGGGGGAAAGAGGGGAGAGGAGUAGCAUGUCAUUUUCCUUGUUGGUAUUAUUCCAAUGGAACUGUUAUUCGACUAUCUUGGACAUUUCCAGUUACAACAAUGGUGUGUUUUUUGUUGUUGUUGUGUUUUUUUUUAAAUAUUGAGCACAGGAAUAAGUGCAAACAUGGCAUAUAUUCUCUAAGCAAGAUAUUUAAGGCACAUGCCCAGGUCAAAUACAUUAUUUAAUGUGUACAAAGAUGCAUACCACCUUAACGUUCCUGAAUCAGUCACAGGGAAUAGCACACCUUGGUUACAUUGACACUAAACAUAAUUGUAUCUUAUCACAUUCAUAAUUAUUAUUAUUAUUAAUUUGUUAUUAAUGAACAACCUUCAUUUAUUGUCUAGAGUAGUUUUUAAUGUCAAACUGUGACAGCAAUUUCUUGUGUUAUUUCAUUUUUAUAAAUAAA